AUGGACCGUUCCUAUGGACACGGCUCGAGGCCGGCAAGCAUAUCUUGCAUGCCUUGGUCCCCCGAGCCACCAGCAUUUCCAAGUCAGCUCCGGGACUGCUCCGCUGAGGCUGCGAUUGAAAGGCAGAUGGGAUUGAACAACCACCAUCACCCAACCUUCAGCGGCUACCUCAUCCAGGGCUUCGGUCAGAACGGUCGAGAUGCCAUCGGACAGCAACUCGUGGCUUACCCAGUCUCUCAACAACAACAGCAGCAGCAACUGAGUUUCAGCACUGCUGCUCCUCCUUCACGAGGCCUCUCAUCUCACAACUGGCGAAUUCUCUGCCCCAACGGAAAUGUGUUCACGCGGUCCCCCCCGUCUGGCCAGACAAGUGCAACAGCUCAUGUCCCCUCAAGCAUGGGACAAGCCGACAGAAGGGGAAUCACUGCACCAGCAGGGCCUGGCGUUUUCAAUGACGGGUAUGCUUACUACUUGAAUCGGGGCAACGGCGAGCUGACCAGACUCGUCCCGGCCGACAUGCUGCCCGCGCUCAACGAGAUCCCGCCGAGGGAGCCCGAGAGGCGCGGAAUGGUGGUCUUGCCGCCGCUGCGAGGCGUCCCACCCAAGGGCAUGGCGGAUAUGAGCCAGACCUUCACCGUCAAAAACCAAAUCGACCGCAUCGUCGCCACAAGCCCCUCGACAUCAAAGAGGAACAAGGUAUACUGCGACAUGUGGAUCCACGAGGGAAGAUGCGCCUUCACCCAGACGGGCUGCAAGUUCAAGCACGAGAUGCCCCUGGACGAAGCCUCGCAAAAGGCCCUCGGUCUCUUCCAGGGCCUGCCUGCCUGGUACAAGAAGCAACAAGAAGAGCUCAACGCGUGGGCAACGUCCCGUGAGAACUCGAGCUCGGAGACUUCGCCUACGGAGACGUCGUCUCCCGGCGGCGACUUUGCUUGGCAGAGCCGGAGGGCGGCGAGAAUUUCCGCUUCGAUGGAUGCUUUGGGCACUAUGGUGCCGGACCAGAAGCUUGAGUCCCACUCCUCUCAAGCGACGAAGAGCCGCAUUGCUCAAUUUGUUUGGGGUCCCAUUGGGCCGCCUAAUAAGCCGGCCACGGACAAGGACCCUUGGGGCAAGGGGAAUGGAAGCAAAGUGUAUGAGGUCGCGAGGCCGCAGUGA